UUUCAAGAAAGUCAAAACUCGUUCAUGUUCAAUAGUGCCGAUCCUUUAACUGUCCAGCCUCCUUUUUCACACCAACAACCCAACCAAAACAUUUUGCCCCCUUCCCAGCAACACUUGUCACAAUUUUCUUCUGAACUUGCUGGUAAUCAUAUCCCCCUAAAUCACGACCAGGCCAAUACUGAUGCGGUCUUUUCUUCAAAUACAAUAAGGCCAGAUCUUUUCGUUAAUCAGGAAUCUGCUCGCGGAGGGUUAAAUGGUUCCUUUUUCGAUCGUCAUCAAGCCUUUCCUCCUUAUCUUGCCCCACCGCCUCCCCAGCAAUCCUUUGAUAUGCUUUCGCAUCCCAUGUAUAAUCAACCUUCUGGAUUUUCAAGAAAUCCUCCCCCAUCUUUGAUGCAUUCAACACCUUUUCACUUGAAUGAACAAGUGCAACCGGGAUUCAAUCAUCGAUUUGAUUCUUUUAAUCACAAUCAAACACCUCUUCCCCACGGAGCAUUUUCUUCCCAUUAUUCCAUGGCAGGUGCUUUUGAUCAGCCUCCAUACUUUCAGCCAUUCAACCCUUCUCAGCACUCGAUGCCUUUGCAGCCAGACCAAAAUCAGGGGCAGCUCCAUUUUGAACAGCAUCGCCAAUAGUAAUCACUUUGCUAUCAAUAUCAGCUUUUGCAGUUAUAUCUUUAAGCGGUUUGUUUCAAUAAACUUGAUUUUUCCUG